CAAUUUUACUUCAUCUUCUUCAACUGCCAAAACUGGUCAACAAUGAAGAGAGAGGGACGCCAACACGGGAUGGUCAGAACCUGCAGAAUCUUGCCAUCUCCAUUUAAUCCAAGCCCUCAUACAACAUUCAUCAACCGCCUGGAAUCACCACCCACCGCCGGAUUAUUCAGCAAGGUCCGGCCAAGACCCACAAACCACUCCAAGUUCACCGGAAAGUGUGGAAAGCCAAGGUGCAACGAGUGCCAUAUGAACCCAUCUUCUAAGUCUAAAGACAAAACUAAAGGUACCCACAAAAUGAAGUCCGGUGAUGGUUUGUCAAAUUUUACAUCCAUGUCUGGCUUUUCUGCUGCGGGCGUAUUGGAUCACAUUGAUGACGUUGAUUUUUAUGAUCAUGAUUAGGAUUAUGAUUAUGAUUAUGAUUAUGAUUAUGAUAUUGCCGGUUCUUGUUAUUCUUGUGAUUUGUGCUAUGAUGGCGAUGAUAUUGCUUGCUCUACUUUUUUAAAAGAGGAGAAAUUCUUGAUUAUGAGACGAUGGAGAAGGAGGUGAGGAUUUGAGUUAUUGCGAUUUGCGAUGUGGGUUUGGUCAAGUUUUAUUAGAAAAAGAAGUGUAUGAUGGAAGAAUUGUGAAUCUGAUUUCUUUUUUAUUAGCCCAAUAUUUUUUCAAUAUUCAUUGAUCCAUUCAGCC